GUCAGCUGGACACUUUAAAAACUUUGGUAGAGCUCAACGCUGAUUUUCAAGUUUUCAGUUUCCGGGAAGGCUGUUGAUAUGGUUCGGCGUUAUAAAAAACUGGACUGCGCAGAGUAUCUGGCAUGGGCUGAGGCCAAACAAAGUUUGCACGCAUUAAUAGAAGAUAUCAGAAACAUUAUAGCUGAUCCAGAGAAAGUUCAAGGGAAGCUCAAUAAAGAGGACAAGACCGUGUGUAUAAACAGCUGUUCAGCAAAAUCUGACUGGAUACACAACACCAAAAAUGCAACAAUUCAAGACUUCAUGGAACAGAAGAAGCACCUCGAAGACAUACUGGCACCUGUUCUGCUCAAGCUUAACACUCAAUCUGAAGCCACAACAAAGACAAGAAAGCCUCAGAACUAUAUUGCACCGAGGCAUUAUGCCGUUCAAAUUACAAUAAAUCUAUUUAGAAAAAUUGGUUACAUUUACUCAAUACAUGUUCUGCAUUUAGACUUUUCAAAGAUUUAUAAUUAG